CAUCACAGUGAUGCUCAAAAAUAUUAUCCAGCUUCAGCAAUGACCUAGUUCAUUCAAGGGCAAAGGGGAAAAUGUCUUCUUCCAGAACUUCUCUGGGCACGGAAUUUUCCCUCUUAGGAAGAUAGGAGCUUUUCUGGAAACAGACCCAACUGUGCUUUGACUCGAACGUGGAAAAGACCCUGAACCCUGUAACUCCUCUGAAUCCCCAGUCCCAGGAGCAGGGACACCCAAUCAAUUCCUCCCACACAGCCUGGGGAACCCACAGCCGAGCCAGCCCUCCUAUCAUGUCUCUUGGACAAAAGGUAUUGAAAAAUUCACCUGGCAUGAAAGGAUGACAGACUCGGGAGGGCCCCAGAGGCGCACCCUUUGUUUUCGAUCGACAUUGCUUUCCCAGAAAGUUCCUGAGAAGUCAGACGCUUCGCUUCACUGCAUAAUAUCUGGUCAGCCCAAGCCAGAGGUAACUUGGUAUAAGAAUGUGAGCAUCGAUGAGUGUGGCAUUGUUUCCAGUUACAAACUCUUCCAGAAUCAGUAUAUUCAUGUGCUACAUCUCUAUCGCUGUAUCCCAGAUGACGCUGCUGUUUACCAAAUCUCCGCUAAAAACUGUUCCAGAAUGAUUUGCUGCUCUGCGUCUGUUGAAUUCACGUGCUCAGCAGAGAACCCAGAGCUCUCUCCCAGCCGGAAGGAUGGCGGGGGCACGGGCUGGAAACAUGCAACAGAGGCAUGUGUGCAGGAGAAAACAAAUCAGCUCGAUGAGAAAGAAUAUCCUUGCAAGGGGGAAGAAAGUAUCUCCGCAGGUUGUCGCAUGUCAGCUGAUGCCCCCUCCUCCAAACUCAGCUGUCCAUGCUCACUCCAGUUAUUGGUCAAUAGAGGCACUAGUGCCUCCAGUUCUGAAAAUCCCCGGGAUGUUAAAGGAACGAGGCCAACGGAAGAGGCUCAUGAUCUGGAUGACGCAGAGGUGGUUGCAGAUGGGUUGCUUUUCUCUAAUUCAAGUUAUAUUCCCACUAAACAAAACGUCUGUUGCCACAGAACUGUGCAUUCCAAAGUAUCGAGGCUAACGGAUGGUGCCUUAAACAGUGAUGACCCUCAUGAGGAAGUCUCAGAUUCUGGGCAAGCAGAACCCAAAGUGCAGAAAUACAUCAGCUUCAGCCGGCCCCUGUCGGAGGCGACUGCAUCCGUCUGUCCAGGUGACAGGGCCACGAUCAAGCAGCAAGUCAGCCCACAGGUGUCCAGUGAAGACUCUGACAGUGACUAUGAACUUUGCCCAGAGAUAACCCUAACCUGCACCGAGGAGUUUUCAGAUGAUGACCUAGAGUAUCUGGAAUGUUCCGACGUUAUGACGGAUUACUCUAAUGCAGUUUGGCAAAGGAACCUGCAGGGGACUGAGCAGGUUUUUUUAUUAGAAAGCGAUGACGAAGAGAUAGAAUUCAGUGCGUGUUGCCUGGGUGGGUGUGAGCAUCUCCUCAGUGAAAUGGGUUGUGGGCCUCGGGUGUCAGAUGACACCAGGCCUAUGGAUGCCACCACUGGCUUCUGCGGUUAUCACUCACAACCCCAAGAAGUGGGGGUGAGGAGCAGCCAAGCCUCCACCCACAGUCCCUCAUCCCUGCAAACGGGGAUGAUUCUGACUUUGGGACCUCACCGGGACGCAACGUCUACAGUGACAGACCAGGGGAGAUAUAAGCCACCCACUGCUUCUGAGGCCGCUGAAAAUGAUUAUCCAGGAAUUCGAAGAGAAACCAGAGACAGCCACCAGGCAGGAGAGGAAUUCACCAGUGACAAUCUGCUAAACAUGGAUAAAGCAGUGAUAGAGAUGGCGAUGAAGCGCUUGUCUGGUGAGUUAGAAAAGUCAGGGGCGAACCAGUGGUUGGAGAUCGCAGCCGAGGAAAAAGUAAGGGAUGAGGGUUCAUUGACCAAGAGGGGCUCAGAGAAACCUGACAGGGUGAGGCGGCCCAGCAUGAGAGGAAAACCCAAAAAGCUGAGCCCCAACUGGAAAGAAAGUGCAACAGAAGGCACCCUUAAUCUCCUCUAUCCCAAAGAACCUGUUAAGCACCCACUAACCCAGAGUGAUAAGAGAGACGGUUCUCAUGCCGGAGCACAAGCUGCCGAGUGGAAUUCCCAGUUCCCUGAAGGAGAAUGUGCUGUUGCAGCCCAAGCCAAGCAAGAAGCAAAACCCCAUGGAACUGCCCCGGGCUCACUCCCCCGAGGAGGGAACUCAGGCUUCUCGGGAGAAGGGGUGCCAGUCCAGAACCUAUUCAAAACGAGCAGAGCUCCAGACUGCAGGGCUCAUCCUCAGGUGCAAAUUCAGGAAACAGUCAGGGAGAGAGACUUUCUCAGCCAGUUGCCAGCGUUCUCAGAUCCUGCGGGGGAGCAGUCUGCAUUUGCUGGGACCACAACAAAUUCCUUCCCCAAUGUAGGAGGGAUCGACGAGGAAGACACAUCAUUGGCCCAACACCUGGAGCUAGGAAGCUGUACUCCAUGCCCACAGCAUGGAGAAAAGCAGUACAGAAAAGACCACGCACCUGGCGGUUCCUGGGUAGACCUAGGAUAUGAGCUGAGCAUCCCAGAUGCCAAUAAUGAAAAUACAUCCCCCUGGGAGCUGUCAGUGCUUCUCCCCCAGGAGGGCAGUGCUGACACCUGGGAGCCCAAGGCUCUCUCUGUUGCUUCCCCUGACCCCACAAAUACCAGCCCCACCCUGGAAACCUUAUACGACGGGCCACGGGGCAGGGAAGCAGCGAGCGUGUUGGAGCUUCUUGAAGCUCGUGACCAAGGAACCUGUGAAACGAUGGAUUCUCCUGUUGGAGCCUCAGCUGAUAAAUAUUUGCCUCCGGAAAUUUGCUCCAUGGACUUAGAGCUGGCGGAGAGUCAAAGCAAAGUAUCUGAUUCAUGUUCUCAUGAUAACGAGAUGCCAGGCAUUCUUUCUCAAACACGAGGCUCUGAGCUUCCACAGUCUCCAUGCAAGAGCAGCAAGGAAAGAAACUCUACCACGCCCCCUCUUUUCACCAGUACUUUUACCUGGAACAUUUUACAAAAAGCCAGGGAAGGUGGCACAGAGGAAAAUUUAGCAGAGAUGGAGAAUGUCACCUCCACAAUGGUCUCCAUAGUACAGACUGGCCAGGAGAGGCCAAGCCCCAGCAACUCAGGAGGGUUUGAGGAAAGACAGCCUCUGUGUUCUGAGAACACCUCUUCAGUGCAGUUUCCAGAAGGCAGUGACGAGUGCCCCAGAACCAGUGCCCCAGACACCGCAGACACACCAGCCAGAAAUGGUUCGGUUGUAAUGUUUCCUCAUGAGAAGCCAAUGACUUUCACUGCUAAUCUUGAGUGUCUUCAGGUGACCAAGGAGGGUGGGGACACAUCGACGGUUACCAUGGGCACCAAAGUCCACCCAGCCAAAUACCUCCCUGUUUCCGUUGCUGAGAACAGUCAUGCAGAUGGUCCCAAGGAGAAUUCACCUCAGGCACCAGAUGAAAAUAUUUGCCAGCUUCCUUCCAAUGCACAGUUGGGUCAUAUUUUAAAUGAUUCCACAACCACGUCUUUAGAAGAGCCCUUUUGCAAGGCUCCCAGUGGACCAGGAGUCCACGUCCAUGUACCUCAGCUCCCAGAAGUAGAGGGUUUCUGCUGCAGUUCCCCUCUUCAGACUGAUAGCCAUUUUGGAAAUAAGAGCCUGACAGUGGACAGAGCAGACAGUGGGAGCCGUGAAGAGAAUUUCCAAGACAAGGAAAGUGAAACAACACAGAGGAUCCAGCCGGAGAGCUUACCCCAACGGAGUUCUCCUCCUGAAGAUGAUUUCCGAGAAAGUUGGCCCACGACACCUGUUGCCCAAGGGGAAAUAGACCCAGUGUCCCUGGACCGCUUAUCAGCAAACUCCAGAGAGGAGAGAGGACAGAGCUCAGGCCUGGGGACUAGCGUGCGCAAGGUGGCUGAAGCCCCUGUGGAAGGUUGGGGUCAGGCUCCAAGCCACAUCCCACCUCUCUCUAAUAUCCCCCUGGAAGAGUCGGGAGGGAGCAGGCCAGGACUUUGGAAAGCAGACAGCAAGCUGAAGGUUAUAACUCUGGAAGCUUCCGUUCCAGAAGUCUGGCCACCAGCACAACCGACAGGUUCUGAGUACAAGGAGUUGGAAGCUGGUCCCAUAAUUCCUGACGGGGUCUGGGCUGUAUCGGACGUUCUCAAGGCUCACAGCCCUCAGGCUGAGUCUGGCUCAGCCCUUGCUAAUAACAGAGAAACCCAUGGAAAGGGAAAACCAGCCAGCCGUGCAUAUUGGAGUAGUCUUUCUUCCGAAUAUUUGAGCCAACCCAGACUCCUAGAGUCAUCUGUGGAUCCUUUAGACGAAAAGGAAUUAUACGUCACAGAUUUGCUAUCAGAGGCUUGCAAAACAGGAAAGAGGGAAAAUAUUAACAGUGUGAGUCGAAACCAAGAGGAAAACCGAAUCCAGGCGGAUCACACUGCUUUCUUUAAACGGUUUCUGGCCAGCCCUAAAAUUGUAGAGUCCUCUGUGGAUCCCACGGAUGAAGCAGGUGUGAUGGUGUGCGCCCGGGCUGAGACGGCAGGGCCUUCUGCCCCCACGCCGGCUGUCAUCAGAGAGGAGAGGAAACAGAAUGAUGGGCCCAGGGGCCAGAGACCAGAAGUCCAGCCUGCCUUCUUGCAAGUCCUGAGUCCUGACGAAGGUGGGGGAACACUUCCACGCGGACGUGGAAUCAGCCAAAUACAAGAGGGCAUCAUGAGAAGCUCAGGGGAGGCUGAACGAAGUAAAAACAGCAAAGCAGAAUCGAUUUUCCCUACUUUAUCUCUUUCUGAUGGCCCUGCAGUGAUGACUCAUGCAUCUGUUGGAGUUGAUGUUCACAACUCCUCAGGUCAAAUUAAUGACGUCCCUGAGAAGGGUUUAGUGGAGCCCAGAAACCACCGAUACGCAUUUUCUGACUCAAAAGAGAGAGGAGCCGUUGAGAGUGAGUGUGGGAAACACUCACCCUCUCCCAGUGGGCUCACUCGGUUGCCUUUUAUUUCGUGUCCCGAAGGAAACAUCACACCUUUUUCAAAAAGUCACAAAAUCCAGGCACCUACAAUGGAGGAGCCCCGCACUGGGGAAACCAACCCCGCCGGCGCAUCGAGCUCCCCAGCCGUGACCUUGGCAUCCAUUGCAGGUGAAAAUGUAUCAUCAGCGAAAGCUCCUGAGACACUGAAGUCCCCAUGUCAACAGGGCUCCAAUCUGGGCUAUGGGGGAAAACCGAGGGCGGAGAAGCUCGGGCACACAGCCGCCCUGACCCUCAGCUUCCCAAAGUGCCCUCCAGCAGAGAGGGGCUCCGGGGAGGUCAAGAAGCAAGACACCUCAGGGAGUGGACAUUUAGCUGAGGGGGUGAAGAAGAAAAUUCUGUCCAGGGUGGCCGCCCUGAGGCCGCGAUUGGAAGAGAAGGAGAAUGUCAGAAAGAGUUCUAGCGCUCUCAAGAGGAUUCCUGAACUUGAAACAUCGGCAUCAGGUGCAGAGGAGAAACAAGACGCAAAAAAGGCGCCUUGCAAAAGAGAAGGGAAAGCUCCGAUAUUACUGAAAAAGAUCCAAGCCGAGAUGUACCCUGACCACUCCGGGAAUAUAAGAUUAAGCUGCCAGUUUGCAGAAAUUCAUGAAGAUUCUACAAUCUGGUGGACAAAAGAUUCAGAGUCAAUAGCCCAAGUGCAGAGAAGUGCAGGCAACAGCUCUACUGUGUCCUUGGCCAUCGUGCAAGCUGGUCAGAAGGACCAAGGCAUCUACUAUUGCUGCAUCAGGAACAGUUAUGGAAAAGUGACCACUGAGUUUAACCUCACAGCUGAAGUUCUGAAACAACUCACGAGUCACCAGGAUAUGAAAGGAUGUGAAGAGAUUGAAUUCAGCCAGCUCAUCUUCAGGGAAGACUUCCUCAGUGACAGCUACUUUGGGGACCACCUGCACGGUCAGAUUGCCACGGAGGAGUUGCACUUUGGCGAAGGCGUCCACCGGAAGGCCUUCCGCAGCAAAGUGAUGCGGGGGCUCAUGCCAGUCUUCCAGCCCGGCCACGCGUGCGUGCUCAAGGUGCACAAUGCCGUUGCCUACGGGACCAGAAACAAUGAUGAGCUCAUCCAGAGGAACUACAAACUCGCUGCCCAGGAAUGCUAUGUCCAAAAUACUGCCCGACAGUAUGCCCAGAUCUAUGCUGCCGAAGCACAGCCUCUGGAGGGCUUUGGAGAAGUGCCAGAGAUAAUUCCCAUCUUUCUUAUCCAUCGCCCUGCGAACAACAUCCCUUAUGCAACAGUGGAGGAGGAGCUGAUCGGAGAAUUUGUGAAGUAUUCCAUAAGGGAUGGGAAGGAGAUAAACUUCUUGAGAAGAGAAUCAGAGGCUGGUCAGAAGUGUUGUACCUUCCAGCACUGGGUAUACCAGAAGACAAGUGGCUGCCUCCUGGUCACCGACAUGCAGGGUGUAGGAAUGAAGUUAACUGACGUUGGCAUAGCAACACUGGCUAAAGGGUACAAAGGAUUUAAAGGCAACUGCUCCAUGACCUUCAUCGACCAGUUCAAAGCACUACACCAGUGUAACAAGUAUUGUAAAAUGCUGGGGCUGAGAUCACUCCAAAACAUCAGCCAGAGACAGAAGGAUCCACGUGUCAGUAAAAGCAAAAGCAAAACUCAGCCCAACCCCACAACCGUCAAGAUGGCGCCCGGGCCCCCCUCGGCAGGAAGGAAGACCUCGCGUCCCCUAUGAACUGAUGGCCGCCAGCUGGCAGCACCCAGCCUUGUGGGCGGAAGUCUGAGGACACUCAAGAGAGAACGUGUAGCCUGUGUCACGCACAGCGGUGUGACCGUCCCGUUUCCCGCUGCCCUGGCGCCACCUUGCUUCCAAACGCAUCACCUGCUGGCAUCCCUGAAACGACUUCCGGGCAGGAUUAGUGACCAGACGUGGGGAGAGACAGAAUCAGCUGUCACUCCCAGAAGACAGUCCAUCUUUGUGCCCACCGUUAGCAUGUUUACCAACUUCACGUUCUUUGUCUAUUUGUAUGUUUGCACGUGGUUGUGUUGUCAAGGACUUGGUGCUGAGCAGGGUCUGUCCACAGCCCAAACCCUCCCGGCCCCCUCUUCCUAACCUGGGGGUUUCUAGAUGCGCCCAGCUGCUCUAUACACAGAAAACAUGAAUUCUUCCAUUGGGUCAAGUCAUCAGGCUAGUGUUGAAUGUUCUGUUAUUGCCAGAGGUGGCUUCUAACACACAAGGCCGUUUCCUUCAUUCUUUACACAUCUGGCUAGCAUUCUGUGUUUAAUUAAAUUCAUAUUUAAACAAAAAGUGUGAGAUGCACAGAUUGGCACAGACACUUGCUCUUUAGAAUCUGUGCUGUAUUCUGCCUUCCCCCAGGAUUAAUACUUUGGUGAUCUCCUACUCAGCUUACUGGAGCACGACAUCGAUGCAUCUGUGUUUUCUCCCCAUUCCUACAUCCCAGCGAAGGUUCCAUCAGGCUCCGCUCUCUAAAGCCAGGGCCGACCCCGCCGUAGGACACGGGAAGAUGGUGCAGAGCCUGGCUGGGGCACCCCAGCUCACGGGGACCCCCACCGCUCCCCACAGCCCACAGUGUCUCCUUCCCGGCCAGUGGGGGGGGGGGUCCCACACGGGUAUAGGGCAGAAUGGUAGCAGCUGUUCACAUCAGGCAAGAAGAAAGGACAGAAAGACAGCUCGGGGAUGGUUGUAUACACCCCAGAGUGGGAGAGAAUGUCUGCCCGCCCCACUGGUUUGUUGUGGUGGUUGUCAAAUUAACAGACUAGUUUUGAGAGCAGUUUGGGGCUUACAGAAAAAUGAGUGGCAAGUACAGAGGGUCCCCAUGUGCUCCCUCACCCCCACCCCGCUGUUUACCCCUAUUACUGUCAUCAUGCCUCUGUGUGACACGUUUAUCACACUCGAGCAAAUGUACAUUGUGAUUCAUUAGAGUCCAUAGUUUACAUGGGGCUCACUCUUCCUGCUGUGCCUUCCCUGGGUUCAACACACAUGUAAUGAUGUGAAUCCACCAUGACAGUAUCAUACAGAGUGGUUUCUCUGCCCUACCGAUCUCCUGUGCCCCCCAAUUCAUCUUUCCUCCCCACACCAACUCCUUGUAGUCACUGGUCUUUGACUGUCUCUGCAGUUUUGUGUUUUCCAGAAUGUCAUAUACAGUAGUUGGAAUUCCACAGCAUGCAGCCUUCUUGAAUGGUUUUUGAAGAUGAUUUUAACUACUCCCUGACCGUAUCAUUAGGUCACCUCUGAGCAGUGUGAGCAACGCUUCUCAAGUUGAAGGUGCACACGGGUCACCCAGGAUCUUGUGAAAAGGCAGGUUCUCGUUCGGCACAUGUGGGGUGGGGCCUGAGAUUCUGCAUUUCUAGCACACUCCCAGGGGCUCUCCAUGCCAGCCAGGGACCACACGUAGAGAUGGUGUCUGCACCACAGGGGCCUGGAGGAGCACCAUCUACUUCUCCAUGGGGAUGCGUGAAACCACAGGAGGCGAUUGCUCGAGGCCGUGGGAGCACCCGAUGGGUCUGAGCGGCCUCCCUUGAGGGGCAGCCGGCUUCCACAGAAGAUGCCUGGCUUCUGCUCUAAAAUACCGUUCUCCUUGGGCACCAGCUUUGGGUUAAAAAAAGAACAUACAUGGGAUUUUUGUUUUGAAAAAGGAUUUGGAGAAAUCCCUUUAGCCAGUCACAUCUCAUCUUUUCAGAAAAUCUGCCAUCUCCAGCCGUCCUCCUGAGGUGAUUCCCUGGCUACAGAUCAAAAUGCUCAUUUUUCGAUGAGGCAGCCUGCAGUCUUCUUUCCCCAUAGAGAUCCUACAGAUGUAUUUAGCCGCAGAGUUCUAGAAAGUUCCACAAUAGCAAGGGGAUCGUGGAUGCUUAGAUUUUUUUUUUCAAAGUGCCCUUAUUGUUUAUUGUCAUCUGAUUUCACCUGUCUGAAAACAUUGGGAAGACCAGGGACAGAAGGGGUGCCCACGGUGGGAUUUGUCCCCAGCCAAGGGCUCCUAUGGAUGGUCUUUGUGGGGCUGCGUGGCCAUCUGUCCACCACCCAAACACUGACCUCUUCUGAAAUGAUAGAUUGUUUUCCUUGCAUGAAUAAGGUGAGUGUGCAGUGGGCUCCCUUACACCAAAGAUAUCGUUCUGGGGUCUCAGAAAUGCCCACACCGGUUGCCAUUGUUUCAGCUCAGUUUGUAACCCGUUCAGUUUCCAUUGAUUUUCCUGUUUGUCUUCUUAAGCGGGCAGGGUUAGGUCUAUAGACCGAGGCACUGAGCUGGGCCAGCCUAGUGUGUCCAUCUGGGGAUUCUGUACCCAAGGCACGCAGGGUGGUCACAUACGUUAACUGUCUCAGUUUCCUUAAAGGGCUCAACCGUGGAGCUCUGUGACGGGCAGAUGACAAAAAUAAAUGAACGUCUCAUUAAAAUGGGCUUGUGUUUUCAACAGCGGGUUUAUCACUAAGGAGAAUGGCAGAGAGCUGAUGCCUUCUUGCCCAUAGGCAUCAUAUUCUGGAGAGGUCUCGUUUUGGAUGCGCAGAUGGCUGGCUUGUGUUAAUGUUUCACGUUAUCUUAUGGUCCUGGCACCUCCCCAGCCACGCUUCGGAGAAGCCCCAUAUUAGCAAAGGGUUUCAAUAGAUUCAUCUUAAAAAGAAUGCCAAAAGAAGCAACAAUUAUUUUCUAAUUAUAAAGUACUCUCGUGUCUAAAUAGCCAUACUGUUUUGUGCAUGUGUUGGGCACGUGUUCCGCUGGAUGCAGAUGGGAGGCGCCGGCCGCGGCCCCAGUCGGCUUGCUCGCCCAGUGGAUGUUCCGCUCUGCUGGACCACGUGUGCCAAAGUGAACAGAUCCUCAUUUCUCCCCCACUUGGAUCUGCAGAUGCCAUUUGGGCUUAAACAGUUUAAAAAAGAAUAUCAAAGAGACACCAACCCUCCUCUGCCUCCCAGUACAGGGCAUGUUUUCCAGCUCUUUGCUGUAGCAGCUUUGAAAUCCUUUGAGAGCCUGCCUGCACUGAAACCGUUUGUGAAAGCCUUCAGCAUGGUGCACGCAGCGUGUGGCUGCCUGGUCCCAUGAGCCCAGACUUCAGCUUUGUGAUGCACUGAACAAAUAUUGACAAGUACUCACUGUAGCACCAGACCAAGAAUUUUUAAACUUCUGCUUUUCACGAGAGGCCCAAAUGGUUCCAGAUAGAAAUCAUCUCAGACUGUUCUUUCUUUCCUUCCUUCCUUUCCUUCCUUUACUUCCUUCCUUCCUUUCCUUCCUUCCUUCCUUUCCUUCCUUUCCUUCCUUCC